AUGGCCGACCAGCACAACUGGAUGGCCGCUUCUGAAGGUCUCCCUGUAGACGGGGAUUUUCUUAACGCUGACAACUUUAACGCCAUUGAAGGUAAUUUGUUAUAUUUGGAUAUUAUUGAUUUCAUAAAUGGAGAGCAUUCAAAUGAUGCCUUCAGUAGUCCCAGUUAUGAUCUGGGGAUGGACCCAUCUCUUGGACUGGAGUCAUAUCUUGGGCUGGGUCAGACCUUACAGAUGGAUCCUGCAUUUGUAGUUGAUGGUGAGGUGACGGGUCAGACCAUAAUGAUAGAUCAGCCUAUGCAAGUCAGUGACCUGAAGCUGGAGGUCAAGCAGGAGGCUGAGCAGGUGGUCAGCUGUCAGUUUGAGGUGCCCCUGGUCCAGAGUGAGCUGACUGGGCUGCUUCAGCAGGACGUGAAGCCUGUAAUUCAGCAAGAACUCAGGCCUGCGGUUAGUCAGGCUACUAAUAGUGUGACAGCACAGGCUAGUCAGUUGAAUGGUCAGCAGACAGCAGCACUGAAGACUUUGCUUCAGCUCAAUCGUGAAGUCCAGGCAAAAAAGAUGCAAGAGAUAAUUUGCCAUUUGCAGGCAUCACUGCUAGCCGCCCAGCAGAAGCAGCAGCAGCAGCAACUCCAGCAGCUUUUGGCUGCUCAGCCUUCUACACAGAGGACUGUUGCUGGGGCUUUCCAGGCAAAGCCAGCAGGUCAGCAGCACUUGAAGCUGAUUCUGCAGCAGCCGGUGUCCAGUGUUGCAACCCCGGUAGCCACCGUGAGAACACAGGACACUGCCCAGUCAGUGGGGCCUCAGGUACAACUGUUGCAGUCUGUGCAGCCGCAGGCUCAACCCCGACAGGCAGCGACAUCUGUGCAGAUGGGGCAGCUCAGCAUUCAGCAGCUACAACAGCUGCUGCUCCAGCAAGUGGUGAAGAGCUCACAGUCGGGGGAUCAGCAGCAGCAGAAUACUGUUAGCACCAGUGUUAUUACCCUCAACUCCAGCCCAGCACCUUUGAGUAGUGUCAGCACCUCUCUACAAGCUCUGGUCACCAGUGGUGGCGGCACCAUAGUAGCCACCAGUAUCCCUGUACAGGUGGUUGACGGAGACAAGAUGCCCAUUAAUCGGUUGACAAGCGCACCAAAGCCCAAAGCCCGGGGAGAAAAGAGAACGGCCCACAAUGCCAUUGAGAAACGCUAUCGUCUCAGCAUUAAUGAUAAGAUCGUUGAGCUGAAGAACUUAGUUGCUGGCGUGGAAGCCAAGCUGAACAAGUCUGCAAUUCUCCGUAAAGCCAUUGACUUGGUCCGACAUCUGAGGAGGGACAAUGAAAGGCUGAAGCUAGAAAACAUGAAUCUCAAGAUGAUCUUGAAGAAACAGAAUCUGCAAGAUUUGUUGCUUGUGGCAACAGAGCAGUCAAGUUUAAUGGAGACGGAAACCUCUGCCAUGACACCUCCCUACUCUGACAAUUCAUCAGCAGCCAACAGUCCCUCGGCCUCUGAUGAUUACUCUAGUCCCAACAGCCCAGGAAAUGAUGACUCUCUUUUGGAUGACUCUGCAUACAGCAACCAUUCUGGCAUGCUGGACAGGUCUCGCAUUGGCUUGUGCAUGUUUAUGUUCUGCGUGCUGAUCUUCAACCCAUUCAACUACUUCUUCAACACGAACGAAGGAUCUGCAGCAGGAUCUGCUGCUCACACCUCUAGAACUCUUCUCUCGGACAAUAAUGAGAUGACUCCAAGCUGGUAUGACCGAAUGUUCCCAUCGUUGUUGAUGUGGCUCAUUAAUGGGAUGCUGGUCAGCUUUGUUCUGGCCAGGCUGCUCAUAUUUGGAGAGCCGGUCACUAAGAAGAACAGCAAUGAGUCUGUGGCUUUCUGGAGGCACCGCAAACAGGCUGACCUAGACGUUUCAAGGGCCGACUACUCAUCUGCAGGCCAGCAACUUCGCCAGUGUCUUUUGGCUUUAGGUCGUCCAUUACCAACAUCCAAAGUUGACCUGCUGUCUGGGGUGGCCUGGCAGAUACUGCGCCAGUGUUUGAACCGUAUUUAUCUGGGCCGUUGGCUGGCCAGUCGAGCCGGCAGUCUGACGGGAAAAAACAGUGCAGACGUCAAGGAGUCAGCCAGGGAUGCUGCCGAUGCCUUCCAUGUGUUGAACCAGCUUCAUCUGAGUGGUCAUCUUGCAGGCAGUCGUUUAUGGGGUCUAAAUUUAGCUCUCAGUGCUGUCAACAUCGGAGAGGCUGCCAGAGAAGCCUUGCCAAGAUUCGAGAUGGCCAGAAUAUACGCCACGGCUGCCCUUCAGAUCAAAGCUUCCCUACCAGAGGGGUUUCAGUUUAUAGCUCGUUACUUCCUGAGCCGGGCCAGACACGUUUGCAAGAAGAACGGAGACCAGGUCCCAGCCAACAUCCAAUGGUUGUGUCAUCCAGAGGGCCACCGUUUCUUUGUGGACAGUGUCAAGUUUGAGGGCAACCAAGACUCUGUCUUCUCCUCCAGAGGCAAUGAAGUGGACCCCCUGGCAGCAGUCACUCAAGCCUUCCGUGAGCAUCUGCUAGAGCAGGCGCUGUAUUCUCUGGUCUCUGCCAAGGAUCCCUUAAAGAAGACCAAGCAGAGUGAAGCUUUGAUCUAUGCCCAGCUGCUGUCAGAGUGCUCCUGUCUCAGCUCCAGCACUUCUAGUGCAGACCAUGGAGGAGGCAUCAACAGAGUUGCAGAACUUGAUGAGAUAGCUCUCUGGUGGUCUAAUAUUGUCUCUGUGGGUCAUUUCUGGUUGAUGGGCGAUGACGAGAAUGCCUCGAGAAACUACUCGGUCUUGGAUGUUUUCCCCAACAAACUACAGGGCAUUGAUGAUCCUUUACCCCGGGCUGUGUACUUGGCCUACAAGGCCAGGAAGAACGUGAUUGUUCAGCCUGAGGAGAAGAUUCUCAGAGCUGCCAUCAGGCAGUGUGACAGGGCCGGAAGGUUGUUGAGGGAGAGCCUGAAGCUGGCCUACACUGCAGAAAAUGUCACCAUUGUGCAGAGGAUCCAGUUGCUGCUGUGUGAUUGGCUGCUUUCGACUCGCACAGACGUCUGGGAGCUGGAGAAUGACGGGGGUGCUGCCAGAACUGCAUCUCAGACCGAACUGAUUGCAUUCCAGCAGGACCUGUCCAGUUUACGCAAGCUCUCACAUAUUACAAAGGCAGCUCUACCAAAAGUGUUCCUCCAUGAAGCCACAGCAAGAAUAAUGGCAGGGGCUAGUCCCGGACGCACCCAACAGCUGUUGAACAGAAAUAUCCGACACAGAAGUAAAAUACAUGAGCCACUUGUUGAUAAAGAUUUACAAGUUGAGUCAGAGGAGUGCCAUGAGAGAGAGAAAGCUGCAGCUCUGUUAAUGGCAGGUCGGCACUUGCCUUCAAGCAUGACCGGAGGCACCAGCGAGAGAAUCAACCUCAUUAAAGAGGCAGGUAAAAUGUAUGAGGCUCUCGGAGACAGGAAGUUGGCUCAGGUCUGCCGUAAAGCUUUGCUAGACGUGAGCGAGAUCAAGACCUCGGAGAUGUCUGUUGCUGUUUGA